AUGGACCGCCUCCGCUCCCUCCUCCCUCCCUCCACCUUAUCCUCCCGACCCCCUCUCUUCCCCUUCCUGACCCUCGGCCUGAUCGUCCUCGCUUCUGGCGCACAGACCGAGGUCGCCCACACCUUGACCUCCAAACUAGGCUACAACCAACCCUACUUCACCUUCUUCCUCACGCAUAUAACCUUCUCCUUUAUAUUCCCCCUCCACCUCCUCUUCCUCCGGUGCACCUCCUCUACACCUUGGCGGACGCACAUCGACUCUGUCCGGUCCGUCAUCGCUGUCCAAUUGGGCCAUACGCACUCCGCCCCCUGGGCCCGGAUCGCCAGAGGAUGGAGCGCCAAAAUCACGUGGUUGACGCUCUUGAUCUCGGUACCCGCGCUGAGCUGGUUCGUGGCCAUGCUGUAUAGCCCAGCGAUUGAUAUUACGGCUAUAUACGCCACGUCGGCGUUCUGGGCGUAUUUCUUCUCGAUGGUGUUGCUGCGGCAGCCGCUGAGUCGGGUGACGGUGGGGAGUAUAGGACUGGCGUUUGCCGGGGUGGUGCUGUUGAGUAUGGAUGGGAUGGGGGAGGGGACAGGUGAUAAGGGUGAGGCGGGGGACGGGGGUGAGGAGUCAGGGCAGCGGGGGAGGGCGUUUGGGGACUUGGUGAUGAUGUUCGGUGCUAUCAUCUUGGGCCUGUACGAAGUCGUCUACAAAAUGGUACUACCCGAAGGUCAGGGCGGUGUCGAUACCCUCCCAUCAUCAGACCGGACGACCUACGCCCCACUCAACCAGAACGCGACCGACGACGAAUACACCUUCGCGCCUACCCCUCCGAUAUCCGGCUCAUCCACGCCAAUACCCCCUCCCCAUGCACCUCCCUUUUCCGGCGCUCACCCUAUCUAUCCCACCAAAACACCAACACCACUCGAUCGCUCCCUCUCCCGCACGCCGCUCCUGGACCCACCAAUACACUCUCCCGUACAUCCGCCCGUCGUCCUACCUCCAGCUUUGCACGCCAACUUAUUAACGUCGUGUAUUGGCUUCGCGACGUUCGUACUGAUGUGGCCGCCGCUCAUCGCGCUGCAUUGGACGGGAUGGGAGGUGUUUCGGUGGCCGGCAGGAGAAGGCGUCAGUUCGGGGACAGUAUGGGCGGGAUUGGCGGUAGUGGCAUGGGCGGGGGCAUUCUACAAUGCGGGAUUGAUGGUCCUCAUUGGCAUCUGGGGUCCAACAACCAGCUCCGUCGCCAACCUCUUGACGAUUGGGCUGGUGGCGGUCAUAGAUGCCGUCCUUAUGGGCCUCUUACCGACACUGCAGACGCUGAUAGGAGUGGGAAUGAUCUGUAUAGGCUUUGGGAUCUUGUUGUGGGAAGGGGAGGAGUGA